GGCUCGGCGACCCCCGGUCCGGGCGCGGGGCUCACGCGGGCUGCGGGCGGUGCCGGUCCCCGUGCUCAGGGGAGGGGACGCCCCGCUCCCCGCCGCAGACCUUCGCUACGAACUGCUGCCCGCCCAUCCCCGCCUCCCGGGCCGAAGGUUCCUCUCUCGGGUUUAUCCCUCCAGUUCAUGUUUCAUCGCUCCGCGCUCAAAGAGCGGCCAUAAACGCUGGCCCGGCCCCCGGAGCCGCCCACGAGGGGCCGGGCGGGCCCCGCCGGCCGUGGCGGAGGGGACCCGGCCGCUCGGCAGAUGAGGGGCGGGAGGGCUGCGGCCCUGCGGGUGCCGGUGCCCGCCAUCGAGUUCCCUGAGGAGAGCCUGGAGCCGUGCUUUGACGACUCAGAUGUGCCGGCGGAGCUGCGAGUUGCAAACAGAUCUCAAAAAUUUCUGAAGUUUACUUCGACCAUCCAGAACCAGCUGCUGCUUGUCUCACUGCUAGAGCAUCUCUGCCACAUGUACACGCACAACCCCGUUCACUCCAGGGGUUUGUUCCGAAUUCUUCGUCAGACUUUCACAAGAACAGGGUUACUCUCCCCUUUUGUCUUUUGUGAUGAAUUCAGUACUAUAAGACUGCAGCACAACAGAGCCAUUACUGAACUGAUGAAAGCAGCUAAUCAACAACUACUUAAUGGGGAACUUGAUAACGGAGAGCCUCUUGCAAUUGGGGAAAAAGAAGUUCUCUUUGAAGCACAAACUUCACGAUACUUGAAUGAAUUUGAAGAGAUUGCAAGGCUAGGAAAAGGAGGAUAUGGCAAAGUAUACAAGGUCAGAAACAAGUUAGAUGGUCAGUUCUAUGCUAUUAAAAAAAUUAAAAUUAAGAAGGCUACAAGAAGAGAUUGUAUGAAGGUGCUCCGAGAAGUCAAAGUGCUGGCUGGGCUGCAGCAUCCCAGUAUCGUAGGCUACCACACUGCUUGGAUGGAGCAAGUUCAAACAGUACAUCCAAAAGGUAAAACAACAAUGGAGUUGCAGCCGUUAUUUUUGGAGCAAGAGAGUAGCAAUGAUCACUGUCACAUCCAGAGUGUGGAAAGUGGUAGUUCAAUUAUCUUUGCUGACCUUACCUCACAAGAAGAGAAGUCCUGUGACAGUACCAGUCUUAAAAAUGUGCGUAGAGAAUCAGUGCAGAAUAUGGAUGUAAGGAAUGACUUUACAAACAGCAACAGCAAAGAGUGUGUGAAACCAGAUAAAUGUGAACUAUACACAGAACUACAAGAAGGCUUUGCAAAUGUUAAUGGUUUAUCAACUGGUGUGGACAAUCAUUCAACAUCCAGUGUGGAUCAAGAUGUUAGGACUGAAAGUGAGUCCAGCUCUGAAAGCAAGUCCUGCUCUGAAGGAUGCUCCAAAAAGGAGGUAGCUCUCUGUGGAGAGUUUGAGGUGGAGUAUCAUUUGAUGCUUCAUAUACAAAUGCAGUUGUGUGAAACAUCCCUGUGGGAUUGGAUUGCUGACCGUAAUAGAAGAUGCAACAAGAGAUCAGAGGACACUUCUAGUCCAUACCAUCUCGUGGAUGCUCGCUGGACAAUGAGGAUUUUCCAGGAGGUAGUAGAAGGAGUUCGCUAUAUCCACAGCAUGGGAGUGAUGCAUCGAGACAUUAAACCUAGAAAUAUCUUUCUACAUGGAUCAGAUCAUCAGGUGAAAAUAGGUGACUUUGGAUUAGCCUGCAAAGACCUUCUUUGGGAUGAUGCAGACCAGUUUCAGACAGAACAGAUAAAUGGACUGACACAUACUUCAGGAGUGGGGACCUGCCUCUAUGCCUCACCAGAACAACUGCAGGGAUCUCACUACGAUUUCAAGUCAGACAUGUACAGCAUGGGUGUUAUCCUGCUAGAACUCUUCCAACCAUUUGGAACAGAAAUGGAAAGAACAGAAGUUCUUACACGUUUAAGGACUGGCCAGAUUCCUCCCACUUUCUCCAAGAAAUGGCCUACUCAGGCCAAGUACGUGAAACUCCUCACCAGUCCGAGAGCUGCGGAACGCCCAACAGCGGCUCAGCUUCGCGACAGUGAGCUCUUCCACACCACAGACCAGGUUAUUUCUAACCUCCAACAGAAGGUGAGACAGCAAGAAGAAGAAAUAGAGAAACUGAGGGAGACAAUAAGACGGCUUUCUGAAGAGCAAGAUGAACAAACAAGACUAGGCUCUCCUGUUUAAGUACAGGAAGAACUAACCUCCAUUGUGUGUUAAGGUGUAUAAAAUGUUUCUUUUUUUACAUAAAAUAUUUGAAUGCA